GUCGCAGGUAGCCUGGGCGUCAUGGAGGAGAGAAGCUAUGAGCACUUCGGCCUCUUGAACGAGCUGCGAGCAGCUGGCUACACCUGUCCAGGGGGCUCAUCCUAUGCCCCAAAUGACGUGCCGUUGAAGUUCGACUGUCGUUUGUGGAAGGCAUCUCAGCUCCACUCGCAGGACAUGGCAGACAAUGGCUACUUCUCCCACACGAGCCAAGAUGGCAGAAGCCCUUGGGACAGAGCAGAGGCUCAGGGAAUUAGGGCGAAUGGUGAAAACAUAGCGGCCGGGCGGAGUGGCGCUGCAUCUGUCUUGGAUCAGUGGAAGAAUUCAGAUGGGCACUGCAAGAACAUGAUGAAUCCGAAUUUCAAGGUUUUUGCAGUAGGCUAUGCCUAUAAUUCAGAGUCACGGUACCGGCAUUACUGGACACAGAUGCUCAAGAGCUCAGAUGUCUCUGACCUGGAUACUUCCUGCUACAUCACGGCAGCAACGACGAGCUCUGCAACAACCACUACAACCGUCGCUGUCACCACCACUACAACUACUACCACUACCACCAGCACCACCACCAGCACCACCAGCACCACCAGCACCAGCGUUGUCGACAAUACCACCAUUCAAAGCCAGCUGAACGCCACAACCUCUUCCGCAGCGACAAGUGCUGUGGCAAACACCACGGGCUUGGAUGAGCAAAGCCGAAGCACCAGCUCCACCAGCUCCAGCGGGCGGACGACACAGGGCACUCUCGAAGAGAGCGUCACAUCCACGUCAUCCACAUUUUCUACAUCCCUAACUUCCACGGCGAAGGUAGAGACUUCAACAACGCAGCUGGUCACAAGCACAGCCGGGCUGGCGCCGACGCGCAGAGACUUCGUGAAAGGCCAGAUCUCAAUGCGAAUGCGCUCCGGUGAGUCGUUGGCAUCACCACCACUUGAUUGGCUGAAGACGUUCCUGACGCAGUUGGGUGGCGGCCUUCUUCAGGCCAUUUCGUUCACUGCUCGCCGCCUUCGGCGCCUUGAGGGUACAAACACGACAGUCUCCUUUACUGCAGAGGUCCCUGCUGGCCGUGGGGCUGAGGUUGCCGCACGCCUUGAGUCCCCCGAGGUCUUCGCGGCAACCCUGACGGAGGUAGACUUGCCAGAGACAGUCGAGGUGCUGUCAGUGGAGGUUUCCGAGGUCCUGGAAGCUGAAGCUUUGGAGGGCCCAGCAGAAGUUAAUUCGGCAGACGGAGCUUUGAUUGCCGUCCUGGUCUUCGCAGGCCUGGCUGUGUUCAGUAUCAUCGGCAUUCUGGCUUUCUGCUAUUGGCGCAAGCAAGGAACCCCGAAGAAUGUCACAAGCGAAGGCUGUGGCGAUCCAGAGGCUCAGGUGCCUCCGAUGAACCUACCAGGCUUUCCAGGAGACGCAGAUUUCCGGAAGUCACGCUCCAGCAAUGUGGUUGUGUCUCACCUUUGA